AUGGCAAACCUGGAUAGGACCAUUAAGUCGGCAGAUGAGGAGAUAGCACGCGCUGCCUUCCUCCCCAAACUCGUAGCUGCAAAGAAGGAGAACAUUGAUUUGCAACUGGAGGCAGCGUACCGGGAACGCCUCCAAAAUGUCUACAAGGCCGUCACACGUCGCCUGGACUACCAUGUGGAGAGAGAGAAUGUUCGGCGCCGUUUUCAACAGCAGCACAUGGCGAAUUGGAUUACCGCCGCGGUGGUGGCGGGUAUCACUCCAGCCCAGGAGAAGGAGACUCUGCGAAAGUGCAUAGAGGAUUUAAGAGCGCUGGCUGCAACACAGUCCGCUUCAAGAACGGCCUAG